CAGGUCUCGGCUCGCUGACUUCCACAUGAACUGUGCGAUGACGUCUCACACGGUCACCAGCUGCCCUCACGACAACUACCACGGCUGCCUCAUGUCCUACGUCGGCCUCAUUGGCUCUGAUGUGACGCCCAACUACAGUGACAGCAGUCCCUCCAACAUCACCAUGAGCCUGUGGUGUACCUGCAGGGGCACGAGCAACCAGGAGCGCGAGUGUGACACUUUCCACCGCGACUUCACACACAACACCUGCCUCAAAAACGCCAUUCAGUCGUUUGGUUACGGCGCAGAAGGAGGAAGUCCUCUCGUCACCGAGCCGUCGUCCACCUUCUUCCCCCCCGCCCAGCCGCCAAUCCUCUCCAAACCAGCCCCCGCUCUACACGGCAACGCGAUCAAACCCAUGGACAGUGCUUGUAUGUUUUCCACUUGUGCUAACCUGCAGGAUGGAGGCCAUAAGUGCAUCCCCUCGGAUGAGUUUGAGUGCGAGGAGGCUUUGUUGGCUCAGGGGUCAAUAGACUCUCAGGACUCUGCAGGACCGAAGAGCAGCAGCCGGCCAUCAGCUCCACUCCUCCUCUUCUCUGUGACUGUGUGUGUGUCUGUCCUGCCAACGCUGAUUCUCCUCGUCUCAUAAAUAUGAGCUCACACAUGCAUACUGUACACACACACACACACACACACACACACACACAUACUCAUUCACACAGACUCAUAAAUGGCAAGAUCCAGAGAAAGUCACGUAACUCGCAGCCCUUGGCUACAAGAAAAUUUCAAAACACACACACACUCGCACACACGCACAAACACACACUGGACCAGAAGAAUAGAAGAAGAAGCUGGACUCUGUGAGGGACAAACACAGAGACUCUUGGGAUGUUGGAUCACAGUGACUUGGUGUCUGGAGGCUCUGUGUGCAGCCCGGCUCGGACUCACUCUCUCCAGCUUUUUUGGAUCUGGACUGAAAACACAGAAACACAGACACACACACACACACACACACACACACACACUCGGACAACAAGUCUUAAAAUCGGCAGAGAGAGACAACGGGCUUGUCGGCGCUUGGACAGAUGGGAUAGAUCCUUCACGGUGUUUGUCAGCUCGAUUCAUCACUCCCCUGGACCUCUCUAGUGGCAACAAAUCUAUUCUACAUACAUACAAAGAGCACACACACACAUACACACACACACACACACUGUCGCCCUCCCCUUAGACAUCGUUAGCGGGCAUACAGGGUCCCCACACGGACACAAACGCUCAUGCUGUACACCAGUGUGCUUUUUGUUGUCUACAUUCUGUACAAACUUCAUUUAAUGUGGAAUAUGAAAAAAAGUCCAUCCAAUGAAAUCUCAAAGGGAGAGUGUGUAUUUCACUAAGUGUAUAGUUGUGUGAGCGCAAGUGUGUGUGCGUCUUCCUUUACGUGGGUGUGUUUGUUGGGGAGUGUGUGUGUGUUGUGUGUGUUUCUGUGUGUGUGUGUGUGUGUGUGUGUGUGUGUGUGUGUGUGUAAAGAAGUCAAAUUGUUAAAGCAGCAACUGAAUAAAGCCGGUGACCUGACGUCACCACUGAACUCUGUUCACAGUGAAACUCUCCAUUGAUGGCGUUGAGAUAUUUUAUCCAUCUUUUCAAGCAAACGUUUCAACGUCACCUUGUAAGUUCAAAUUCUUACAGAACGUAUUUAUGGAGGUUAUGAAUUGAAAAUGUAUUUAAAAGGUUUUACAAGCCAUAACAGCAGAACUUCUGAGAAUAUAGUCGGUGAUUUGAUCAACGCUCUUGUAAAAGUCACAUGAUGUUGUUUCCCUUGUUGCUCUGUGCGGUGAAGAGUCUGAAGAAGAUCUGAGGUCUUCGUCACUAGUUUAACUUUCUCACUGCUCUCACCUGGAGAGGAAAGGUGUGAAGAGACACCAAGCAGAGCAUGAAUCCAAACGUUUCAGCAUCUCCACUCAGAGAGUCCUUUAGUCUUCUGUUGUAGUUUCGUGAGUUAUCUUACGGAGAAGCUACGACCGACUGAUAACUUGGCUUCGUUGCUCAUCAGUCGUCAUGUCUUCAAUGACUUCAGCUGUGUUGACGUCUCUCUACAAGCUGCUCCAUCGCUAACGUUUAAAUAAUUAGGUCCCGUUUUUGCCUCCAUAAACGUGUUAACCUGUCUGUGUGUGCGGGUUCUUCAGUGUGUGCUUCACCUCUGGACACUCUGUGGGGUAUUCUUUAUGUUUCUUAGACGGUACCAGGAUGUGGAAGAUGAGUAAAGGCCUGUUGAGCUGUGAGAAGCCGGCAGGUCGCUGUGUCCAGGGGUCGUCACGUCCUCCGUCAGCUGGAAGCAGAAGAGAGAUCAGUUUCUGUGACUGUGGUGUGGCCUUACUUUACUCUUCUUUCUUACAUACUUGAAAGAGGAAGAAUGAUUAUUAUUGCCCCGCUAGCGGUUGAGAAAAGAGAUUAUGUCCACCACUUGGAGCCAGACUGUCCUACCGACUAAAACUAGACGUAUUGUUAUUUAAUUAGCUGUCAGUUCUGUCGAUACCUGAGCUCCACGUAGCCAUCAGGACAAAGUUUGCUUUUGACAAACACUUGGUAAGAAACCUUAAAGUCAGUGGUUCCCAACUUAAGACCCCAUAAACUAAACUAAUGCCACUUGUCAAAGUCAAUAUGUCUGUUUCCAAAGAGUAAAUGUUCCCCUCUGAUAGAUUAUCUGAAUCAUGUUUAGAGGUAUGACAAAGUCAAAAUAUUGAAUUUGUUUGGGAAGAUGUGUUUAGUUGAUAAGUAGGUUGUAGAGUUAAAUACAUAUAUUAUAUUUAUAUUGGAAGUACACCGUUCAAAACCUUUCUGGUUUGUUACAAGUCUUGCUAAUCAUGAAAUUACAUUUAUUGACAUUUAAAGAAAGUUUGUUCAAUUUAAACCUUUAUACAUUUUGAUUUUAAGUAAGAAUUUGCCUCAAAGAAUGUAAAAGGAACAAACUGGUAUUAUCAGUAAAAAGAUUCAGUGAGCAGAUUAAUGAAUAAAAGGGGCCCAACAAUAGAUCCCUGUGGGACACCACAAGUAAUUUGUGCCAAAUCAGAACUCGAUCCAUUUCCAGUGUUUCUGAUUAGCAAACAUUUGAAAGCCAUAAUGAGAUAACUUAAUGUGCUAAACAUUGGGAACCACUGCUCCAGCGCCACCAUUAAUUACCUUUCUAUUCUUCCUUACAACACCUUCCCUGUGCUGGGGGCCGCUAGGGGGGCUUCAUACUUUCUGAUUAUGUGGAAGAGAAACGUCAGGAAGAAAAGUGAGGAUGUAUAUUUGCUGAUAUAUUUGUAAACUUUAACAGCGCUACAGCAGUGCAACUGAAAUAUGUGUCUUGAGAUCUAAAUAAAAGUAACAUCUGUAA